AUUCUUUUUCUCGCCUGUUGCGGUGGGAAUGUGAGGAUUGUGGACUACAUCCUCUUAAAUAACGUAGACAUCGAUGGUAGAGGACAGUCGGGGAGGACUCCGUUGAUGGCGGCAGCGUACAGAGGACGCGGAAAGAUCUUCGACCUACUUGUGACUAAAGGGGCUGAUCCCAAUGCAGUUGAUGAUGCUGGUGACAACGUCCUCCAUUCGGCCUGUCUGGGCGGACAUGUGAAUAUUGUGAGCCGUGUCCUCGAGCUGGACAAGCUGGACAUAAACAGUCGCGAUCAGUGCAGUAGGACACCUCUGAUGAUGGCAGCAAGGAUGGAGGAUAAAAAAAUAUUUGACUUGCUCGUGAAAGAAGGAGCUGUUGCAACACCAGUGGAUGAUGACAGUAACACCAUCCUUCAUCAUGCUUCUGAGGGAGGAAAUGUUGAUAUAGUGAAGUAUGUCCUCUCUCUGAAGAAUGUGGACAUCAACGCCAGGAACAAGCAUGCUGAAACACCGACCAUGCUGGCGACAAAGGGUGGUGACGUGUGCCACCUCCUAGUACAACGUGAUAGUUUCAUGCAGUAACUGAAAGAAAAAGGACUGGUUAAUUCUCGAGAUGAGAAUGCCCGUAUGAUGGUAUAGUUCCACUGUAUAUCUGAAAUAUUGUGAACCUUGUAUUCCUCCUCAUCGUGAAUAGGAUGGACGUCAAAUGAAGAUAAGCCAAAACUUCCUAUGAAAUGCAAGAAGAAUAGUACACCAUCCACGCCAUAGAUGUGGGACAUAUCCGUUUUUGAAUUAAACAUAAUGAAUAUCAAUGAAUAGACUUGACCGGUUAAUUUACCCCAAGCCUGUAUGUUCCCGUAUGGACUUCAGAUCAAUAAUGGACACCUUUGUUCGUGGUAUCAGCAGCUUUUUUUCUGAAUGAACUGAAAUACUUGGAGUGUCACAGAACUGAACUAUUUUUAUUUGUAUUUCUUUGUUUAUUGCAUGGAACGUCGUUUCGAUUGCUUAUACUGUUAUCAAGCUGAAGUAUACUUCUAGAAUGACGAUCAUAAAAUUGAAAUAUUGGUUUUUUAAACAUAGCAGAAAGGCAUAAUAUGGAUACAGUAUUUGGAAACAUCCUUUAUGGGGGGGGGCAUUCGUGGAUGUAAAUUUGCAUUCCCUAUAGCUAGAAAUAGGAAGUGUUUCGAAACAAGGAGGUCAGACAGGUAGGGAUUUUCACGAAAUCAACAUAAAUAAGGGCUGGCAUGGUGUUACAAAAGAAUAGAUGAUGCUGCCCUCCUUCAGGUGACAGCAUUGCUGGACAAUAUGACCUGUAAUCACUGAAAGGUCAGUCAGUCAGCUUGCAUGUCAAAAUAUGCAUCUCCUCGUAUCCCAUCCACCAAGACAGCCGGUGGUGGUCACGUGAACACUUACAAUGUCUAAACACA